AUGGUAGAAAGGCUGGGUGGCAACUCAUCAGACGAUGAGUGUGUGGAUGUGAGGUUGACCUCGGAUGAGGAGGAGGGAGAAGAGCCUCCCAUCCGUACCGGCCCUCCGGCGGGGCCACCACCACCGGUGGCUGUGCCCAUUCAGGCAUUACAGAGCAUGUCUCGCCGCCUGUCGACGGUCCUCGCCAGCACCCUGGGCAUCACCCAAGGCCAAGUCCUGACGAUCCUUCACCCUCACUGGGCUGCUCUGCAACGCAUCACCUUGGAGGUCAGGGGUAUGGUACCAGGCGAGGCCAUGCAUCCACACCUCCUCCAUUUUGCAGAUGAGGCGCCGCCCAACCACGCCGUGCUAGAGGCAACUGCAGGACCUACCCUUCCGGAGGGGCCGGCUAUCCCGCCACCGACUCCACAGACACCUCGAGCUCCAGGCCGACGUCGACGAACUCCCAUGACCAAGGUGGAGAUCGAUACGAUGGAGGCCGACCAGGAGAUUGCCAGGAUGCAGGUCAACCUGGAUAUCGAGGAGGGGCUGAAUGCCGACAUGGCCGACGAUGAGGCGGAGAACGAAGAUGAGGAUGUAUCGGCCAGGCCAGGAUCCUCCACAGACCACCUGCGACCCUCGACCACCAGUACAGCGGCCACUCCUGCAGGUCAGACCUCCUCCUCCACCUCGACAAGACGAUCGGGAACACGAGGCCCAGCCGCCAGCCUGGAGGACGAUGACGAGGAGUAUGUUACGGUCCUCUUGGAUGAACCCAAGAAGCCCAAGAAGAAUCAGGCCGAGCUCAAGGGCAACAAGAAGUCCAGGCCUCAUUUGACCGACCUCAUGGUUGGAGUCUCUGCUCAUCACAGGACUCCACAAGCCCCACGACUCUUCAUGAUGGAGCACAACGAGGCCGAACUUCGGAAGCGCACCCUGAUUCGUACGAUCAACAGAUCACAGGCAGCCCAGGCCCCAACCAUCAAAUACAGAGGGCGCCUUCGCAUAGUCUCGUACAACUGCGGUGGCCUCUCUUCGAUUCUCUACCAGGAACUGGUGGCGUGGCUCAAAGCAGAAGAGGCCCGUGGAGAGCCAGUAGACAUCUUCUGUGUCCAAGAAACUGCUUGGAGAGAGGACUUCGAGUUCUGUACGGCUAAGAAUCAUCCGCUUGAGCCCCAGUGGCAUGCAGUUCACGCCGGAGGCCCGGCUCGCACAGGCAUACUUUGCUUCAUCAGGUCCUCACUUCUACCUGCUGAUCAAAUACGCUAUGCUGUGCUUAUGCCAGGCAGAGCCUUACACGUACGGCUCCUAUUCGACAUCCCUCUUGAUCUCUUACUUCUCUACCAAGUGUCUUGGAACCCUCACAAGGCUGAGCUCGCUGGGAAUAAGAUCGACUCCCUGGUCCAACAACGUGCCAGACUCUGGCAUCAAGUGGAACAGUGGCUGGCUCGGAUUCCACUCCGGAACGGCACAGCUCUCAUAGGCGACCUCAAUACGCCUUUGUACCCUGAAACAGGUUUGUGUGGUGACGGUGUUGUAGCAAGAGAAGGCUGGGCACAACGAGACCAAGAGGAUCUUCAAGCCCUCCUGCGAAGAGCAGGUUGCACGGCACUCAACACGUGGAAGGCACCUGGGGUGAAAGCUCGCACUUUUCUCCCUCCUGCAGCCACGGACUCCGCACAGGGCAGCCAGAUCGACUUCAUCAUCGUUCGGCACAACCUCCUCGAUGCUAAGGCCCAAAACCACGGUGCAGAAACGACAGAGAGUCGUAACCCGGUCCCUGACAUUGAUGGUGCCCUGCUACAAGGCUGGCAGCAGAAGCUGGCCAGCAACAAGCAACAGGACCAUGCUAACUCUGGGCUGGUUGGCGAAGAGCUGGAGCCCUUCAACAACUUCAACGAGAACUUCGGCGACGAGGCUGAUAACGUGUACCAGGCAGCCAAGCAGUUUGCCCCCAAGACGGCAAGGCGGAGACUCCAACUCCGCACUGAGCAGGGUCAUCUGCAAACAGCAGCCGACGAAUUCAGGACCAUCAAGCAGUGCUACCAGGACCUCUACGACGGCCCGGCUCCCACACCAGACUUCUUGUGUAGUAGCCUUGAUUUUCAGCUUGAGGAAGUGCUCUUUGCCAUCAAAAGCCUGGCCCCGGGGAAGGCAAUGCCUUCCUAUUCAUCUCCGGCAGCCUUGUGGAACCACCUGGGACAUGAACUUGCCCCUCAGGUUCUGCAACAGCUCAACCACGUCUUCACUGCAGGCCCCCUCAUCCUUCCCAAGGAGUGGUGCAUUAGCGAAUUGGUGCUUCUACCAAAGCCUGGCAAGGCUUUGACAUCGCCGUCUCAUCUUCGCCCAAUCGCCCUACUACCUCCCAUUGCCAAAGUCCUCGCCUCAGCCCUAGCGGUUCGGAUUCAGAAUUUCGCGGCUUCAUACCUGGAGAACACCCCCCAGUUCGCCUACCUCAGAGGGCGUUCGCUACAACAGGCAUUGGAGCGUGUGAUUUCACAUUGUGCUGCAGUAAGAGCCCUCGUCACCCAGCAGGUGGCCAAUCCACGCACGCGAAGGUCGGGCCGUGAGGUUCUUCAUAUUGCAGGAGGCCUCCAACUCUCGUUGGAUGUCUCGCAGGCAUAUGAUGGGGUAAGUCGUGGACAUCUUCGCUUGGCGCUCCUGGAGGCCCAGAUCCCAGAAAACCUUAUUACGGCAAUCCUUGCGAUCCACAACCAGGCUUUCCUGCGAAUUUCCCACGACCAGUACUCCGAAGACAUCAG